AUGCAUGCCAUGGCUCUUGCUGCGGACGGAUCGAAGCCGCUAGAGGCAGUUGCCCGUGCUCGCGAGGCGUGGCGGACAGAGGUUGUUCGUGGUCUGCGCGAGAUGCGUGCCAAGCUGGGCCUGCCGUGGGCCCGCCUUCGCAGUGCUGCCGAGCUGGCCGAGGACGACGACGAUCGUGCCGUGGCCGAGGACGAGCGCCUGGUUGCUCUGCUAGACAAGGGCCUUGUCCAGCCGCUGGCGAUCAACGCCCUCUUCCGCGCUCUCAUCCGCAUCACCAACCCAAAUGCCACAGCCGCCUUUACCCGCUUCUUCCCGCUCGGCCUCAUCUCGCUCGCUCUUGCUGUUCCGUCCCGUUCCGAGCUUCGCUGUUCGUGGGACGCACUCAGCCUCGGCAACAAGUGCUGCGACGACUCGCUCGCGCCCGAUGGUCCCACCGAGUGGGAGGAUGCGCAUUACGAGGCCGGCAAGGCGCUACUGGCUACGGGGGACGUCGACGCGCUCCGCGACUGGGCCCGCCAUGGCAUCCCAUCGUCGCUUCGCUUCGACGCUUGGCUCGCCCUCCUGCUUGUCGCUCCCUCGCAUGACAACGCGCUACACUUUGAUGCCCUCCUGGGCGAGGUUGAAGCUUGGGACUUUGCCAUCGAUGCUCCUCUCCGCGCCGACAUCAACGCCACCGCCAACGAUGAACACUACUUUGUCUUUCUGGAUCUCAUCCGCGACGUCGCCCUGGCCUUUGUCCGCGACCGCACACUGCCGUCGCUCCUUGCCCUGCCCGGUAUUAGCCUUGUCGACCCGAGCUCGGGCGCAGCCUAUCCGCCGUGCGGCGUUGUCCCACCCGAGGGCCUCGCCCACAUGAUUGCUCCCCUUGCGUACCUGUCUUCCGCUCCCGACGGUGUGUACUCCGUCUUUCGCGCUCUCUACACCCGGCACCUGGUCCGGCUCUCGGCGCUCGCCUCGGGCUCCGAGUCGCUCCUCACCCUUGCCGCCGCCUUUGAGACCUGGCUCGCCGAGCUCGAUCCUGUCCUUGCCGCCCACUGCACCGCCAUCGGCGCACCGCCUCUUCGUGCCGCCUUUCCCUGGCUUGUCCGCGGCUUUUCGUCGUUUCUUCCACCGGGCCAGCUCCUCGCGCUCUGGGACAGGAUCGUCGCCUAUGACUCGCUUUACGUCGUGCCCGCCCUCGCUGUCGGCAUCUUUACGCUUCGUGCCUCCUCGCUUCUUGAGUGUGCGUCCCCACAGGACGUCGCCGGUGUGCUCUCCAACCUCUCGGCUUGCUUUUCUGCCACAACCCGUCUCGACCACUAG